AUGGAGAAGUGGCGCAGUGCCAUUGAUACUAGGGACAAGUUUAUUCUCAUGUUGCUAUCAUCAAUUGCAUUGGGUGGUUGUGGCAUUUGGUGUAUGCAUUUCACUGGCAUGAACGCACUCGAGCUGUCGCGAGAAGAUGGAUCGGUGCUCACGGUGGACUUUGAGGCUGGCCUGACGAUACUUUCCUUCAUAUGUGCCGUUGGUGGGGUCUUCGUUGGUUUAAAAAUUGCCUCUGCUGAUCCAUUCUUCCUCGAGCUCGAACAGGAGAAACGCAAAAGCAUUCUGGUGAAAGAUCUGGCAUCAACAGCCAUGUCAGACGUUGUUAACAAGCAGAAAGUUGCGAAACGCAUUAAGUUUAUUGCACUAUUCUCGCGUCUACCCAGGAUCGCCGGUGGAGGGUUAUUUGCUGCUCUCGGUGUGCUCGUCAUGCAUUAUCUGGGCAUGAUGGCCCAGCGAACGCACGCUGAUAUGACCUUAACCGCUGGACUUGUGGUAUUGUCUGUUCUUAUCGCGUUCUUCACGGCGACGGCGGCGUUCUGGAUCCUUUUCCGAGCGUUGACAUUUUUCCAGGACAGUGAGCUGCUUCGACUGGGCAGUGCUCUUAUUAUGGGCAUCGCUGUUUGCGGUACUCACUACUCGGGCAUGGGAGCAGCCAGCUACACAUUCAACGCUGAAGGGAUGGGAGACGGCGGUCUUGUAAUGAAGGGGUCUCAGGCAGCUAUCCUAGCAUCGCACGGCUCAUUGCUCUUCUGCUACUGGGUGAUGACCUGGAGUGUUGCUUCCAGUGUGCGCAACAUCGCUUCGAUGACGUCGAACUUGAGCAAAGUUAGUAAGCGCGACCACGGCCCAGGUGUAGCACGUAAGAUUGUCGUCGGCCAAGCAAAGGUUGCUAACAGCAGCAACCGCGCGAACGAAACUGGUCCGAAGCCGAGUGCACCGGCCGCUGUCGUGUCGGUGGUGCGCCAAGAAUCGGUAGUCGAUAUGGAUUCCAAGUCCUCAGUAAGCGAGUUUGUCGAAGUGUAAGCUUCCAAUGCACAUUUCAACAACUUUAAGCUAUAGUUUUUUCACCGCGCUACAAUACAUGUUCCUUAGCUGAGUGUGUG